UUGAAUUAGCAGAAAUUGGGAAUAGACAUGUAAAUGAACAACUGGACCAAAGAUUGGGUGGUAGUACUGGAUAUGUGAAAACAAAAAUGAGUUUGGAUCUCAAAAAUUCUAGUACAGGACUUGAAACAAAGAUACCAAAAGUUUCACAACACAUUAAUAGUGCUUUAAUGCCUCCUGGAGAGCGUGAAAAGAUCACCCUGCAAUUUAAAGCCAAGGCUAAACUUGGUGGGAAAAGAAGCAUUAUGGAGUCUGUCUUCUCUCAUAAAGAACAGUCUGGCAUAAAUGGUAGUGAUCCUAAUGAUAAAAAAAGGAAGAAGUUGUCACAAGAUUUGGGGAUCAUAAACAUCAGAGAGAAGGACAAAAAAAAAGAUAAAAUGGAGAGCACCAAGUUAAAAAAAGUAAUUAUAGAACAUAUAGUAGAGGAAUUCAAGGAAACUGCGAAACCUACAGAAUGUUCAUUUCUUCAUAAGAAGAAAACAUUAAAAUUGAGUGAACUCACCCAGAAAAAGAACUGUACAAAAAAACAGCAUGUUCCAGCUUUACCUUUUACAUUCUUAUAUGGUAAAAUGUAUACACUGGCUUCCAAAGAAGAUAAUCUUGAGAAAGACAAGUAUUCUUCUUUAGAACUUUCCAGCAAAGAAGUGAAAUGUGCACCUUCACAUCACCUGGCUAAACUGUCCAAAUGUUGGAAGUAUAAACAGGAAGAGCUAAUACAUACUGAUUCCACCAAGAAUAUUUAUAAUUCAAGGAUUCAAGGAAAUAAAUCUGAACCUGUCACAUUUCAUUCAAGUCAGAACUCCAAAUCCUUGUGUUCUUCCCUUGAAACCAUUGAAAAUACUGAUGUGGACCAAGAGAUGCAGAUUGUGGAAGACUUGCAUGCAGCUCGUAUUGAGAAGAAGAUGGAUCUGCCUGUGGUACAGACUUGUGGAGAGCUAACUUGCAUGGAAAUAGAUCUCUCAGAUGAUGAAUCACAUAUAUCUUCUAAAUUUUUUUCUGGUUUGGAUACUUUGAUUGUGAUUGAUACUAAUAUAAUGAUCAGCCACUUGGAAUUCAUCAAAUAUUUGAAGAAUGCAGAUAUCCCAGGUAUAGGCAGAUUUUUGCUAUUAAUUCCCUGGGUAGUUUUGCAAGAACUGGAUAACUUAAAGAGAGGAAAGAUAUUGGCAAAUGUUGGGCAAAAAGCAAUCCCUGCAGUUCACUUCAUCUAUACUUGCCUGAAAAAUCAAGAUCCAAAGUUGUGGGGUCAAUCCAUGCAGCUUGCUUCACAAAAAACACAAAGUUUCAGUACUGAGAACAAUGAUGAUCGUGUGUUGCAAUGCUGCCUUCAGUAUCAAAAUCUUUAUCCUCAAGCUGAAGUAAUCUUGCUGACAAAUGAUAAAAAUUUGUGCAACAAAGCCCUAGUGAGUGAAAUAAAGGCAUAUAGUAAAGCAGAUCUAGUUGCUGCGUUCCAGAAAAUGACUCCACAGGGCAUAAUCAUUAGUGAAGACACUUCCAGUGACAAGCUGGGAAAAGAUAGAUACCCCAAGGCUCAAAAGAAUUCCACUGAUCAUCUUUCAGAAAUUAUUUUUGACAUGGAAAAAAGCUUGGGAGAUGUUUUAUCUUCUAUUUUAGAAACAGAACUGAAGAUUGCUUUUGGAGAUCUAUGGAUUGAGGUAGUGUAUCAUAAACCCCCUUGGACGCUAGCAACUGUGUUGGAAUGUUACAAAAAACACUGGGUGGCUGUUUUUGGACAAGUUAUAUCAAGAAGCCUUUUAUCAACUAUUGAAUAUCUCUAUCAGCAUCUCUGUAAAGUUAAAAUAAUUAACAAUUCAACAGUAAAGAAGGUCCUCCAAGAAUCAAAAAUGUUAUUGGAAGUCUUCAGUUCAAGGUCCAGCUAUAAUGGCGUUCUUUCACAGGCUUUAGCUCAAAUGGAUAAAUUGUUCAAGGCUAUUCAAAAGAUGGAGUCAAGUACAGGGGGAAAUUCUACAGAUACCCUGAAAUCUAAUUUGGGAAAUGAUACUUGUGAAAAAAUGGAAGAUGUGAUUUUGUCAGAACACACUCAGACAGGAGAUAAGCCUUUGUUCACAGAGCCUUCAACACAAAUAAAUAAGCAUAUGGAAAUUUGGUCUGUCCUUGAAAGUGUAUGGAACAGAAUCAAUGUGUUCAGUUUUGAAAUUUUCCAAAAACUAGACCUCAGUGCAAUAUCCCCAACUCAGAAUAUCUCUUCAUUUCAAGAAGUUUUUAUGGAUCUGCAGAAAUUAAUGAGUACAGUGAAUGAAAUUCUUGCUGGAAUUCAGCAAGUCUUAGUGCCCAACUGUAGCUUUCAAGAUGUUUGGGCUCUGUAUAGAUUCUUUACUAAUAAUGAGAUAAAUAAUAGUACAACAUUUACUGCUGAGGAACUUUAUGACUGCAUUUCCCAAGAAAUAUACAGAGCACGGUUAUCAGUUGGAUGUGGCCAACUAGUUCAGCUGGAACAUACUAUUAGACAGUGCUAUGAAUCUGUCUGUCUGGAAGUCAAGAACAGAGGAUGGCUCUAAAUUCUUCAAUCAACUGAAACUUUUGAAAGGAGUGGUUUUCUUCUCACCAGGCAAAACAUACUAGGACCCACCUACAUAGAAACUUAGACCUCUGUAAUUUAUCAGUGUUUCUUGCUUUCUUAGCAGCUUUGUUUAAAGAUCACACUUAAAGAUCAUACUUAAAGAUACAUUAUGUUAAAUCCAUAGUUUGUCCUUGUAUGUAUGUAUGUUUCCACUAUCUGGAAGAAGAAGGAGUUAGAACUGGGACCAUGGUGAAGGGAUUUUUAAAUCCCCCUGACAAUGGUAGCUUUCACUCGUGAUGUAAAUCACUGCUUCAGUGGUGGAGUAAUUUUUAAAUCUUUAUAUUACCAAUUCCCAGAGCAAUACUCUUAACAAUUAAAAGUAUGAACUAAUGACAGUGGCAUACCACUACCCUUUCCCCUUCCCCAGCGUAUGAUAACUUCAAAUUAAACCGUGCAGUCUUUUUUUUAUUGUGAAGCCUGCAGGUGAAUUAUGCACACUCUACCAGCCCAUUCCCUGCAAACAGUCUCAAUACAUAAUGUCCACUGGUUUUGUAGCUGUCACAACCACAGUUUUUUGAAAUGCCCUCUUCCUUCCAGGUCAGUCGCCAAAGGGCUCACUCAGAAAGUAAAGAGGUUAGGUGCCAAAUGCUGUGGCAUCUUCAUUGGCUGUAGGAGCCAUGCAAUAACUACAGCCUUGGUCAAGAGACAGGGAGAAGGAAAACAGGUGAUCUCAGUGGAUGCUCAUGGCAGGCUGAACCAAAGACUGGCUUGCACUCCUGUGCUUCACUGCAUUGUAAGGUUCUUAUAUUAGGAUAACAUGGAACUCUUGUGGCAAAUUAUCUUCAUCUACUCAGCAUAACUAAUUAUCCAAGUAAUUUUGGGGGCAUUUGUGUAGGAAGAUGUCCACACACCCAGAAAUUCUGAGUAAAUGUGCAAAAGAUUGUGUUGCAUCAUCCAGAAUAAACUAGGAUUUUAUAAUUGCAAGCGUUUGUGCUACUUUUAUAAGAGCAAAGUCCCCACCUGACUGGAAAGCAGCUUUGUAUGCUAACCAUAGGGAAAAGAUGUCAGGGUUGGGAGGGGUUGCAUUUAAUUUGUGCCUCUUUUUAUAGUACAAAAGUCUUAAUCUAUUUGCUCUUUAUUGACUAAUUCUGUUGCUACUCUGUUAUUGUCAUUUGAUAUUUUUAAUAAAAGGGGAAUCCAUGCUAUUGU